UUUUUACUUAGUACAUUGUCUUCAGGAAUAGAACAGUUGAGCAGAGAAAAUGGGGUUGUUGACAAACAUAGUAGAGAGGAGUGAGAUCAAACCAGGAGACCAUAUUUACACGUACAGAACUGCCUUUGCUUACACAAACCAUGGUAUUUUUGUUGGUGGAAGCAAAGUGGUCCAUUUUCACAAUGUCGAGGCCUCUGCCUCUGCCUCUGCCUCUUCUGAUGCUGACAUUUUUUCAUCAUGUCCAACUUUUCCUGAUUGUGGAUUUAAGCUACCUAACAGUGGCGUCGUUCUGUCUUGUCUGGAUUGCUUUUUGCGCAACGAUUCACUCCGCAGAUUCGAAUAUGGAGUUAGCUCACCUGUUUUUCUUGCCCAAGUAAGAGGGGGAACUUGUUCUACUGCAGUGUCGGACCCUCCAGAGACGGUCCAACACCGCGCAAUGUAUCUACUUCAGAAGGGAUUUGGGAACUAUCUUGUGUUCAAAAACAAUUGUGAAGACUUUGCAUUGUACUGUAAAACAGGACUUUUGACAGUUGAUAGACUCGGUGUUGGAGGUAGCGGACAAGCUUCUUCUUCUGUCGUUGGCGCUCCUCCUUUAGCUGCACUACUUUCCUCCCCUCUGAAGCUGCUAAUUCCUCCCGUUGGUGUGGCUACAGUAACGACGGGGAUGUAUUUUAUGAACAGAUAUAAAACUGAUUUUGGUGUUCGAAAAGAUGUUGUCAAAGUAGCAGUUGAAGAACUUGCAUUGAAGCUUGGCUUUGGUAGCAGCAACGAAAGAGCGAUUGCAGAACAUGUGGCGUCUAAUUCGGGAACUGCUAGAUGACAUCAGUACUCUUAUUACAUAUAAAAUGUUCUUCAUAUUGUACAUUUAGGAUGAAACAGAAACUGCCUUUUGGUUAUUUACGCUA